GAGAGGAGACAUUUGUACCUCAGAAUCCUCAUCUAAGAAACUGAAAGCUAACCAGAUGCCCAUUGCCAUGGAUUGCUGUGUCUCUCGCGGCUGCAGUGUCCCCACCGGGCCCGCCACCACCAUCUGCUCCUCCGACAAAUCCUGCCGCUGUGGAGUCUGCCUGCCCAGCACCUGCCCACACACAGUUUGGUUACUGGACCCCACCUGCUGUGACAACUGUCCCCCACCCUGCUACAUUCCUCAGCCCUGCGUGCCCACCUGCUUCCUGCUCAACUCCUGCCAGCCAACUCCAGGGCUGGAGACCCUCAACCUCACCACCUUCACUCAGCCCUGCUGUGAGCCCUGCCUCCCAAGAGGCUGCUGAUGGAUGAUGGCUACUUUGCUUAGUGCCCGACAACGAAGAAUCCAGAAGCUGUCUCUUCAGUAUUCACUUGCCUCAGUAGUUUGCCAGAUGUUAAGGUAGACCAGAUGACCCAGAUAUGAAGAACUUACCUUUGGUUUUAAUGGGGGGAAAAAAGAAAAGUAUUUUUUAUGGUUAUUUAGCUGAAUAACCAUUUGGUUCCUGUGGGCAGGUGAAUGUGUUUUAUUAGCAAAAUACUGUUUCAAUCUUUAAGACCUCAGAUUACAUGUCCUUGGUCAUAUUGCUUCCUGGCUCUUGUUUCUUGUACUGGGUAUUUUCAUAGAAGAAAAUUUCUUGGUGGGUUUUCCAAUAAACUAUAUUUCUCUGGCAA